CGGUCACGGCCACGGUCACGAGUCACACUCAUAGCCUUACACACAUCACACCACCGAACGACGGUAUAAGCUGAAAGGACUUGAAACAGUUGAAUGGAGGAUUGAGAAAUUGAAAAUGGAUCGUCUUAAAAAUGUGUUCUUUUAUUUAGAAGGCCCACAGAACGUGGCUGACUUUCAAAAAUUGUGUGGAAUUCAAAUAUUUACACAGAAGGCAAGUGAAGGCUUGAAUGGUUAUGCUGCUUCCGCUACGAAGACAGAUAAUGGCGACGCCGGUAAGCAUUCGAACAAUUACGAAUUAAGACACAGGGAUAUACACAACGGUGUCUCUAAGCAAGACGAUCUUUCCGAAAACAUUUCAAGUUCAUCAAAAAAUGGGUUAAUUCCAAAUGGAUUGAAUGGCGUUUGCCAUCAAACCGCAAACGGUUUAGUGAAAAAUGGACUCGUUCGAAAUGGAUCUCAAUCGCAUGAAUCAGUGUGUAAGCAGACGGACAAAGAAGAAGUUACCUAUAAAACCAAUAACAAACUCGUUCAUUUUCUUUUUCUCUUUGGGGCUGCUCUUGGGAACGAGCAAUUUUAUUUGGUGUUUUUUCCAUUCAUGAUGUGGAAUGUUGACAGUCGUCUGCUAAGACAAAUGGUUAUAGUGUGGCAUGUUGGAAUGUACUUGGGUCAAGCAGCAAAGGAUGUUUUUAGGAGACCCCGACCUGCAUCCCCACCUGUAGCAUAUCUAGAGAAGAGAUAUGUCACGGAGUAUGGUAUGCCAUCAACACAUUCAACUGUGGGAGCUAUCAUCCCUUUUUCGAUACUAUUUGUAUCCUUCAAUCAAUACCAGUACAACUUUACUUUUGGGCUGACUGUUGCCCUGGUGUGGACAAUAUUGGUGGGCUGUAGUCGGAUCUACCUGGGGAUGCACACAGCGCUGGAUGUUAUAUGUGGGAUCCUGACAGCAUGCAUGAUUAUGCCAGUUUUACUACCUCUAGUUGGGACAUUUGACUACCUCCAAGUCACCCACCCUCUCGCUCCACUGGUCACCGUACUAGGAUCCUUCAUCCUCUGCUUUGUGUACCCACCCGUGAAGGAGUGGAAUACUGCGAGGGGGGACACUGCCACGGUUCACGGUAUUGGCGGUGGAAUUUCCUUCGGCUGUUGGUUAAACCAUUACUUGGGCUUCAUGUACGCUGUGCCUUCGGGAGCCCCCUACGAAAUCAAUAUCCCAUCUGCAGAAUGGUUUGUACUGAGCCUGGUACGGAUUGCCGUAGGUGCCACACUCAUAGCAGCAGGCAGACAAGUUGCAAAGAGGGGGUCCAUCAGAUUCCUGUGUUACCUGUACGGCCAGGAUAGACAUGAUAUUCAAGUUCAGCGACAGUUGAAGGUGGAAACUCCGCAGAAGUUCUUCACCUAUUUUACAAUCUCUGUGGGUGCAUCAUUUUUAGCACCGUUUCUGUUUAGGACCAUUGGUAUCCAUCGAGAGACUUUCUACACAGAGUUUUAGAGUGUAAUAUGUCGAUACAUCUCAGUAGUAGUGUCACUCAUUGAGGUGUUAAUAACCAUUUAAACAUUUUUACUACUGCUUUGUUUUUGCUUAUUUUACUACAAUUAUAAAGAAUAUAUGAAGGGUACAGUACCAAGAACAUAAACUAUGAAUGACAUUGGUCUAAGGGAGAUAAUUACCUCGGUAACAAGCAAGGUGUAUGUUGAACUUGUGUUCAUACAGAAAUAGAUGCAUUCAUGUGUGAUUAUUUUGUAAAUAGGUUCCAAGGGAAAAGUUUUUUGUUUUUAAUGUAGCGUCGUAUAAUUUCUUUUGUUUUAUAUUUUAUCUAAGCAUACCAUACAAUUUUAGAAAAUGGUAACUUUAAUUUCUAGUGAAAUAUUAAAUAGAAAACUGUUCAUGCAAUAUUUGUUAUUUACAUGUGAAAGAAGAAAAAACACUCUGAACCCUUCAAACUACAUAUCAAAUCUUUCUUCAUUAUGAAAAUUGUCAAAAAAUGGGAUGAGCUCAAUUUUUUUUUUUUUCAUUUUCUGUUUCUUUUCCCCAUGUCUAGAACAGGAAAUAUUUCCAUUGUUUUGAUAAAUGUAUGCCAUGUAUCGGACUUUAUCCUCCUGUGAUAUACUCAUUUUAAUGUUAUAAUACAAUACAACUGUUACGGUUUCAAAAUAUUUGGGGAACUUACAAAUGUUCAUAUAUAUGUAUCAGAUACCACUAAAAGCUUAAGUUUUACGCCAAAAUUUCAAUUUUCCCAGACUAAAUUUGAAAAUUAAUUAAGUGGUAGAUAUUUCAUUUCUGAAUGUGUCCUUGUAGAUUCAGCAUGUGUUGAUAUAAUCUUUUUGUAAUUGAAGUUUAUCUGAAGUUGUUCUGUUGCCAUUCGGAGACCAAAUUUUCAGAAUGACCCACAUGAAGCAGAAAAAUCCUUUAAAUGUCUAUAAAUUGACCAUCAAUUAUAUUACAGAUAGUUCUUUUUUUCUUGAAAAUGACCCAUCCAUUUGGUAACCCAAAAUAAUCCCUUGUCCAAUUUUAUAAUACAGAAGUCAUUUUUAAGUACAUGUAUCUUUCUUUUUAUAACUGUAUUGUAAUUCUUUAGGCCUGAAGUGAGAUAAAUCCCCUCCCUCUCCCCAAUAAAAUCAUACUCAAACUUUUUAAAUUUUCUGUAUACAUACAUAUAUACAUUCUAUCUAUCGGUAUCAAACAUGAUAGAGGUCUACCUAGUUAUGUCAGUGGUUUGUGAUGGCCUUGACUCAUUUUCUUUUUCUAACCUGUUUUUUUCCCCCCUUUAAUUGAUAUGGUAGGAGACAGCUUUGUUCAACAGUGUACACAGAAAAUUCAAUAUAAAAAAUAUAAUUUGUAUAUAUUGUAUUCUUUUCUUACAUUUUCUAAAAAAAAAUUCAUUUCAAUAAAUAAUUGUUUUUAAUAUAAUUUAUACCAUAAGGUACACUGACAGCAGCAUGUCCUUUAUUAUGUAAAAUUAUGCACAAGGAUUUCAUUUUCAUCAUAUAAAUAUGUGAUUUUUGAUCAUGUGUGUUAGGUAUGUGUGAAUUUCCAAAUGCUUGUUUACGAAGAACAAAAUAAUCCGGAUAUUGAAAUUUCAUUCUGAAAACAAAAUAAUAUCUUUGUUUAAUACUUGUUUGUUCUGAAUAUUAAUGUUAUCAUAUUUUCCCAAAAAAUGUUUUUGUAUCCAAGAAUUGUUUACCUGGACAUGUAGCUACAUAAAGACACCAUGAGAGAUCAGAAAGAAAAUAACCAGAAUUGAAAAUGAACAAGAUAUUUAAUUAUUUUAUCAUUCGUUGACUUUUUCAUGAAUUCGAUAUUGUCGGUUAAUAUUUGUUUGAAAUUGAUGUAGGUUUUUUUUUUUUUUUUUUUGAAUACAUGUACACUGUACAUACACAUGUACAGUUGCUCAGUUGAUGAGAGAGAGAUAUGCCUGUCUCAAAUUUUAGAUAGAAAAUUUGUUACACACUUGUGCCUGUAUCCCAAAAUAACAUGGUAGCACGUGCCUGUGCUUUUAUUUCACGGCAAGGGAAUUUCACCACGCUGGACAUAGAAGAGCUGGCUUGUUUUUUUUCUGUCUCUGAUAGGAAGAAUGAUAUGUAUAUGAACCAAGUAGUACACACAGGGUAUAUGUACAAUGAUGUAAAUGUGCAUGAUUUUAAAAUUUUGAAUUUUCAUUACAUGCUGUCACAAAACUGACUUAAUGAUAAUUCUUAUCAUCAGUUUAUUUAAGGUCUGUAAUAAUACAGAAAGAUAAAAAAAAAAUGUCUCCACAAAAUCCUCAUUAUUUUUUUUUUUUUUUUUUCCCCGAAAAAGUAAGUCAGAUCAUUUAUAAAGGAUUUAUCCUUUAGAAACCCAUAAGGUCACGUUACCCUAGUUUUCACUACAGAUAUGAGGACAGCUGGUAGAAUCGAUAGCUUUAAGUACUGUGGCAAGACAUACAGCUUGUCGGUUAGAUGAGGGGAUGGUGGGUGAGGUUUGGAGUGGUUUGAAACUGAAAAUUGGUACAAAUUUGCAAAACAAUGUGGAAAAAUCUCAUUAAUCUGUGACUAGGUGUGAUCCAGACAUUACUAAUUUCCGGUAAUUGUUCCAGCCGACAGUUUUCCCAUUAUAUGUAAUUCUAGUCCAGUUGUCUUGAUACCUAGCCUGUGUUUAAAUGGAUACAUUUCUAUACAAACUAUUGGUGUUAAACUUACAUGCCCUUGUCUUACAAUCUAGAUGGGUGUGGCUAGAUUUCUGAAGGUACCAUUUUCUAUCUCCUACGUGUCGAAUCACAAUGUAACUACAUAUUGAACAGUUUAAAGAUUCUGACUUAUAUAUGUAUAGAUUGUUUCAUGAUCGUGAUGUCAAGGCUCGAACUAACAUUUAUGUCAAUGUGAGAGUUGUGUUAAAAAGACUGGAUAAGCACUUAUCGAGAGUUUCACUACAAGAAGGGCCAUCUUUAUACAUCAGUGAUGGUUUUCUUUAUCCGUCCAUAUGAUGUCAUAUGAUUAUGCUGCGUUGUAAAUUGUGCAUGCAGCAUCUUACCUCUGUGAAGCUAGUCCUGAAUGGUGAUUUUACAUGUGAUAAGGAAAGUCUGAGUUUAAUAUAACCGGUUCUAUAAGUUCUCUGUCUCCUCAUCAAGACUUCCAUAACUUCCAUAUAAAACCAAAUUACUUGCAGCCGAUCGCGAUUGCUCUGUCAGCAUGAAUUUCGGCUGCCAUUUUACAUCAUGCAUCAUAUAUCUCAUACUUCUGUAUAUCAUUUGUAGUAUUAUAGUGAUAGUAGUUUAGAUAUUUGUUGGUGGAUAUUUAUAUGUUCAAAUGUAAAUCCUGUUUUUCAUGCCAUACACCUGACAAAAUGUGUAAGAAGAAAUGGAGAAUUUAUCUUAGAAAAAAAGGGAGAAUUUAUCUAGUCCUGACUAUAUUGUUAGUCUUCUUUAAUUCUCAUGUCUUUCAUUUUAUAUAAAACCUUAAUGAUAUACUCGCUGUGUACACAAAUGUAUAUCUGUAGUAAAUUUGAUCGUUGAUCAUAAAUGGUUGGGAG